GGGAAGGGGAAGUCGGCCAGGCCUGCGCGGCUUCACAGGCUGUCCCGGCGCAGAGGCGGCCCCGGGCCUCCUUGGAAAGGAACUGUCCCCGUGUAUCCCGGCGGGGUGAGCACAAGGCGGGUGCUGUCCGACUUUCAACAGUCGCAGCGAGAAUGUCCUAGGAAACUAAACAACUUUUUAAACUGUCUUUCCAAAGAAUCAGGAUGCUGAGAAGUCAACCAGCUCCUGGAGGACUGACCGGAAGGGCACCUGGCCUCGGCCUGGGCGACUCUCCAUUCGUUCCUCACUGCGCCCCUCAUCCCCACUCCCCCGGCCCUGCAGGGAGCCCCGUGGUGCUGACCAUGGCAUUGCCUGGACCCAUCAACUCGUAAAACACACGAGCCUUAGCAGAGAUAUGAUUUCAUUCCUCACCAGAGGCCCUUGAGAUUUUAGGAUUCUAUCAACGCUAGUAACGGAACUACUUAAACACGUUGCUUUGUACUGCUUUCCCUGACUGUAAAACAUUAAAGAAAUUCCAUAAGGAUGAAGAUAUUUUUCCGUUGUGUUCUCUGCUGAAUCCCUGAAGCCUAGCAUGUGUAAGAAGACACAGAAUGUAUAUUCGCUGUGUGAGUACAUUUUAUCUUGUGGCAUCGAUGAUCCAGGGCCAGAGGAGCAUCCAGAAAAGGACAGCAGAGCCUCAGGUGCUCACCGGUGUCAAGGAAGGUCUGCGAAUAGCUUUGAUGCAAACUGUUAAUCUUCAUUACUGGUGCCUUUUGUGCCAACUACUAGAGUUUGAAAAUGAACACCAUAUUCGUUUCUUCACAUUGUUGGUUCUUUUCCAUGUGACGGUGUUGCUGAGGAAUCAUAGCAGGAUACAAGGGGUUUCUGAAGACUGGAAAAGGACAAACAGCAUAUUUCGAAAGUAAAAAACUCCUUCUUUCUCCCACUGUAGGCUUUUUGUGUUUUCAACAUACCCAGCCUCACUCGGAAAAAUAAAAAUAAAAAUAAAGCACCCACUCACAUGAGCA